AAAACUCGUUUAGAAGCAAAGGAACGAUAUGCGGCUAAUGACUCAAUGUGGGCUGAACUUACAAAGAAGCAAUUGGACUUGAGACGAAGUUUUUUAAAAUUUCAUAGUUUUGUACGCGAAAAUGAGGAUAAAAGGAUACGAGCUGCGAAAAAGAUAAUCGAAGAGAAAGAGAUGCAGGAGAAGAGAACGCAAAUGAUCAAAGAGACGGAAGAAAUGUGCGCCUGUUUAGCAAAAACCAAGGGACAGUUCGAGGCUAAAAUUAAGGAUUAUAGAAUUUAUGAAGACUACUUAGUAGGAGUUUCUAAUAUACCUGGGGAAUUAUUUCAUGGUGUAAAUGAUAUUAUAAAAAGAUACGAGUCUUUAAAAGAAGCGAAAGAAGUUAUCAGAUUGAAGCGAUUAAUCGAAAUGGACGAAUUGGAUAACGCGAAAAGUCGAUUGGUGAAAAUGAUCGAGAGGAAGAGUCAAGCUUUGAUCGAGAUGAACAGCAAAGUUGUGGAUCUAAUUUGCAGACACGACAGCGCCAAGGAUUGUUCUUUGCGAUGGGAAAAUAUUGUUGCUGCAAUCAAAGAACGCACGCAGAUGAAGCAGGCCGAAAUCGAUGGUGUAAAGCUUUGCACAUGGAACAUCUAUACUCAGAUGUGCGCUAGAAAAACUGAAGCUCCGUCAUUAAAGAGAUCGGACUUUGAAGGUCAAUUGAUGCACAUUAAGAAAACGCUGCAAGAACUUAGAACCGUUCAAAAGAUUGUCGCCAAACAGUGCGUCAAUUAUACCGGUGUUAAACGAGAAAAGAAAGACCGCAGGGAGCAAGCGACGAACAGGAAAUUCGCACAUAAAAAUUCACAAUACGUGACCAACGUGAAAAUGCGCUCCAAUUUUUUAUCGCUCUUCGAUCCUGUUAAAAAUCCACUAAAUAAAAUAUAAAUACGUAAUCAAAUUCCAAACUAAAAAAGUAGAUAGAUAGAAGUCUUUAUUCCCACUUAAACAAACAAACAAAGAAUA